AUGGUGUCUGCAUCCUCGGACGUUCUCUUGGUGAAGUUGCCUGACGACCGAGAGUCCUCCCCGCCGGCACUGAUCCCAAGCCCAGCACUCCUCUCUUCUCUAUUCUCUCUGUGGAUCAAUAUCGAGAACAUCCUAAGCCCUGACAUGAGUCUGCCAGCGGAACUCCAGAGAAGUGAUAUCAAGGUAUAUUCCAAGCCGACAGAAGUGCCUUUUGUUGAGCCUCGGGACAGGCAAUGGGUAGAAAGAGAGGCAUACUUUAUCGGAGGCGAAGACAAGAUUUUCUUGGUCACAACGCCUUUCGCUGAGGUGUCUUUGGAAAUGUUCUUCGACCGUUUUGCGUGGUCAAAGAUUAAUUAUUGGCCCAAAUGCCCCUGGUACAAGUUUGGGCAAGUGGACCCCUGGCCAAGCAUCAUCAGGCAGUGUCUAGAGGGGCUUGAAUACUUGCACACCAGGGAACCCCCAAUCAGACACAAGGAUAUCAAACCAGCAAACAUACUUCUCUGUGAAGAAACAGUCGACCCGUCAAAUCCUAUCGUCCGUCCCAUCAUCAUAGACUUUGGAAUCAGCAAGGGAUACGAACCCGGUGGCUGGACAAACAACACCAAAUCCACAUACACACAUGAGGCUCCGGAACAGAGUACUGAAGGGGGCUAUGAGCCGACACUUGCGUCUGACAUCUUCUCCCUUGGUUGCUGCUUCGCUGAGAUGGAAAGCAUUAUCUAUGGCGGUGCUCGCUCUAUAGAGGACUUCAAGAAAAUCGUUUUCGAACAAUCCUGCCAAUUCGCAAGACACCUGAAGGAGAUCAACGAGUUUUUAAGGAAAUACGAAGGACCUGUCUUUGACUAUUUUGAGGUAUCUCUAUAUCACGUGCUUCGGCCGCUGGUUGAAGAUAUGCUGGCGCACGAUGGUCGUGACCGCCCUUCCGUUUCAGAGCUCCUGCAAAAGUUCCAGGACUGGGAGAACAUGUGCGCAAGCACACUAGAUGCUGCGAACAGAAGUUUAAGUGUUCGCUGGGUACAUGAUCUAUUCGCAACGCAAGUAGUUGGCUUGAUAUCGACACGAGUACAUGCGAUACAGGAAGCGUGGGUCAACCCCGAUGACGGCAUCGAUGGGGCACUCCGAAAAGCCCUCAACAAUGUCCAAGUCGGAAUGAAUGAUGCUAUAAUCAAGAUAUUGGGUGGGAGAGACAAUUUCACAAUGGAUGGGUCUUUCUAUGAUCGAGGAUGUCAGUGCCACUUGCACUCGCAUUAUCCGACGCUGGCCAUAGGUGUGGGUUUGUCUCGAUCUUUGGGGCGGCUCGAGGAAAGGACUCGAACUCUGAUCAAAAGCUCCCAUGGCUCAAUACAGACUGUCAUUCUGUUGGAUCUGAGUCGGAUUUAUCGAGGGAGGCGGAAUCUGGCCAAAGGACGUCGAGUCCAUACCGGUGACACGGCACUUGCCACGCUUUCGGCUUUUAUGGACGGAUGCGGUAACCAUAAUGAGUCGGUUUCGCUACAGCUCUUUUUCAAAGACAUCAUUUGCAAAGACGUUGCGGCCUCCCUUCAGGGCUCCGAUCAAAUCAUGAUUGAAAUAUCGUCUCAGGAUCUUUGCGAGAUACUUGAGUGGUCUCUGAAGGAAUGGAAGUGA